AUAAAACAGUUAAUAAAUGUCCAUCUCCAAACAAAAGAUCAUCCGUAUUUUUCUUACUCUGAAAAAGAAGAUGAAGGACUCGCUGAAGAAGGAGCUCACUGGGGGGACUGUAGCUCAAAUUAAGACUUUUAAAAAGCUCUUAAUGAUUUUUAAAAUCAUAUUAUAUAUAGAAAGGACAUAAGGAAUAGUCAGUGUUCCAUCUGGAAAUAUGGUUACGUCCAGGUGUAAAACUCCACCCACAUCCCACAAAGCAGCAGAUUGUGGUGACAGCUCCAACAGGGAGCAUUACUGCUAAAACAAAAAUAGGAAAAACAGCAAAAUCCAUCUUUAUGUGCGUUUCUUUUUUGGGGGUAAAUGCGUGUAUCAAUAGAAAUUAGAUAAUGCUGCUAAAGUUCAAGAGGCUGAGACGAUGGACUGUCAUAGCAGGUCCUUGUUUUAUGCUCCUGCUCUGGAGGACGCUCUACUUCUGGCCUCCCAACUAUCAAACAUUUUCUGCACCAAAGAAUUGUUUGAAUAAACAUCUUGUUCCUCAGACACAAUCAGCAACCCUUGUAGCCGUCAAUGGGACCAAAACACUGCUGGUAUCGGCUUAUCUGGAGCACCGCGGAUUAGUAAAAGAGGUUCGUAUUAUCACGAUCAAGCCACGGAAGGAGAAAGCCUCCUAUCUCUGCCACCUACGUUGUCAGGAGAAGCUGAACGUCACCCGAGCCAAAUGCAAAAUCCACCCCGAUCACUUCCACUUCCACUACGGGACAGCUGACAUCACGUGUCCCCUCCCCUCUGGCUGUCCAACGCCGUCACACGUUGCUGUGACGUCUGUCGAUGACAGGUCUGAAGAGAGGUUUGAUCAGGACUUUCUGGAGGUGAAGAACCAAAAGACAGAGUUGGAAUCGUUUCCAUAUAACUUCACGGUCUGCUUCUCCACUAUGUUUGAUUACACCAAUGUACUGCAGUUGGUGCAGAGUUUGGAAAUGCUUCAGUUACUGGGAGUCAACAGGGUUGUGAUCUAUAAAACCAACUGCAGCCUUGAAACACAGAACGUUCUGGACUUCUACACACACAAAGGUUUGGUGGAGGUGAUUCCCUGGUCUCUGUCCAAGUAUCUGAACGUGUCAAGAGGCUGGUUACCCAAACAAGGCCCUGGGGAACUCCACUACUUUGGUCAGAUUCCGGCUCUGAAUGACUGUCUUUACCGGUACAUGUACAGGACCAAAUAUUUGGCCUUGCACGACGUGGAUGAGCUCAUCCUGCCACAGUCAGUCAACAGCUGGCUAGAGUUGUUGCCGCUGCUGGAGAAGAAGUAUGGCGCCAACAAGCGUUACCGUUUUCGGAGUCACGUCUUUCCAAACAACGUGCUGCUGCCUCCUCCCAUCUUCCCGAACAUCCCGCUGCAGGACGGCUGGGGGAACGUGUCGGGGGUGGACAUCCUUUCCCACUUGUACAGGGAGCCUCUUCCCAGUACAGCAUGGAUCGACUUUAAGAUCAUCGUGGACCCCCGAGCGGUGUUCUGGCUGAGCGUUCACGGAGCCCUGAAGUCGCUGAACUCCUUCGUGUGGGUGAGAACAGACGUGGCCCGGAUGUACCACACAAGGGCCAAAACCCAACCCGAGUUGACGCUAAAGGAGCUCAUCUACGAUGACAGACUGCUGAACUACAGCGACCGGCUCGUACCUGCUGUCAACGCUGUGCUGAGAGACAGUGGAGUCCUACCUGAGCACAGGUGUUCUGUCACAUGACCUGCUCACAGGUUUCGCCGGCGCUCACAUUAAGCAAAACAAUCAGAGCGCAAGUUCAAAUCCCAGUUUCACAAGAGGCGCUCCAGCUUAUCAAAUAUCCAUCCAUCUUCCUCCGCUUCAUCUGGACCGGGUCGCGGGGGCAGCAGUCUAAGCAAAGAUCCCCAGACUUCCCUCUACCCGGUCACUUCCUCCAGCUCCUCUGGGGGACCCCGAGGCGUUCCCAGGCCAGCCGAGAAACCUAGUCUCUCCAGAGUGUCCUGGGUCUUCCCUGGAGAGGUGUUCCAGGCAUGUCCCACUGGGCGGGGGCCCCGGGGAAGCUUAUCAAAUACAUUUGAUGUUUUCCUCUAAUUAUAUUAUUUUAUUCAUAUGAGCCGUUUCAUAAAAGUAAACCUUAGUUUGGUUAUAUGCUUAUUUUUCAAACAUGAGAAAAGUAAAGGCUUCUGCCCCAAACUAAUAUAACGACAUGUUUAUUGCAGAAACAAAUGAUCAGAAUAAUAAAUAAAGUCGGGUAUAGAUCACAGGUCUGUCACCUUUAACACUUAAAGAGCCUAAUUUCCCAGCCUGGGUUGAAUAAAGUAUUUCUAUUCCAUUUGGGUCGAUUUCUCACAGACCACAACCCGGUAGGAGCCACACACCCUUUAGAAAAGAAGACUUUGUAUUUAUGUUGUCAUUUUUAGGAGAAAUAUAUUAUUUUGUUGGCAUUCAUAAAACAAACUUUAAGAGAAAUUAGAUCCCCCCCCCAAAUAUGAAGCCGUUUAUAACUUUUACCAGAGGUUCAUUAGACUUCCUUUCAAAAUAAAAGACUUCCUGUGUUACAUGGGAUCAUCUUGAUGGAGCAAAUCUAGUGGUAGUUUGUGUAAUGUCAGCAAUGAAAAAUAAAAAAAAAAAGCUUUUUUUAAACAUUUGUUGUGCUUCUUAGUCAGAAAUUCAUAAAUCUAACUUUUUAAUAUUAAAGCAGAGAUAUUCAACUGUAUUCUUUGAACCACGAGGCACAGUUAAAAUACUGGAAUUUGUCAAAAUGUUUAGUUAUUAAUUAUCGAAUUACUAUGUCUACUGUGCUUUGGAGGCUCGCAGAGGGAUAAAUUAUUUUACUUUACAGGGACAAUAGAGGGGUAUUAGUGCUAGAUGUGGCUCUGGAGCUGCAGGUUGCAGACCAAUGUUAUAGGGAAAACAUAAAUGUACUAUUAAUCGAGUCUUGGCUUCUGAAAUUUGAAGACUUAACAGAACAAAAAACAAAUUUAGAAUUGUUCAAAGCUUAAAAUAGAGACUUGCAAGAGAGUUUUCUGAAGAUGUUUUGUUUUUAGUUCUGAAGAUUUAAACCAUGGAGGAGAUUUGAUUCCAGGUAUUCUCGCACCACUUUGAAACAAACGUGUUUUUCUUUUAUUGGUGUGAAACUUUGUACGGUAUCUUUGUGUAGAUCAGUAAAAAUAAAUAAAUAAAUAAGUAAAAUACAA